AUGGCUUCGAUUAGUUUGUUGAAUCCAAAGGCUGAAUUUGCACGUGCCGCCCAAGCUUUGGCCAUUAAUAUUUCAGCUGCAAAGGGAUUACAAGAUGUGAUGCGUACAAACUUAGGACCGAAAGGAACAAUGAAAAUGUUGGUGUCCGGUGCCGGCGACAUCAAAAUCACCAAGGAUGGUAAUGUUCUCUUGCAUGAGAUGCAAAUCCAACAUCCAACUGCUUCCAUGAUUGCGCGUGCCAGUACCGCUCAGGAUGACUCUACUGGCGAUGGAACAACAUCAACUGUUUUGCUUAUCGGUGAGCUUUUGAAACAAGCAGACAUCUUCCUUACGGAAGGUCUUCACCCACGCAUAGUAACGGAGGGAUUCGAGAAAGCCCGUAACAAAGCUUUAGCAAUAUUAGACGAUGUAAAAAUACCCAUUGAAAUUAACAAGAAAAAUUUAAUGGGCAUAGCCAAUACCAGUUUGCGUACAAAAGUACAUCCAGGUCUUGCCGAUGUGCUAACUGAAGUAUGUGUGGAUGCUAUAUUGGCUAUACGUAAGGAUGAGAAACCAGUUGAUUUGCAUAUGGUGGAGUUGAUGGAGAUGCAGCAUAAGACAGCCACCGAUACCAGCCUUAUACGUGGUAUUGUUAUGGAUCACGGCACACGCCAUCCCGACAUGCCAAAACGUUUGGAAAAUGCCUAUGUCCUCACUUGCAACGUUUCUUUGGAGUAUGAAAAGUCGGAAGUCAACUCAGGUUUCUUCUACAAAACCGCUGAGGAGCGAGAGAAAUUCGUGCGCGCCGAACGCGAAUUUAUCGAUCAACGCGUGCAAAAAAUCAUUGCUCUGAAGCGUAAACUUUGCGAUGGUACUGAAAAGACAUUUGUUGUCAUAAACCAGAAGGGUAUUGACCCCAUGUCGCUGGACGCUUUAGCUAAAGAGGGUAUCAUGGCCUUGCGUCGUGCUAAGCGUAGGAAUAUGGAGCGUUUAGCUUUGGCUUGCGGUGGCACUGCCAUGAACUCUUUUGAUGAUUUGGAUGAAUCGAAUUUGGGAUAUGCUGGCGUUGUGUACGAACAUGUACUUGGAGAAAACAAGUAUACAUUUGUGGAGGAAUGCAAAAAUCCACAAUCGGUAACAAUUUUAAUUAAGGGUCCCAACAAACAUACUAUUGUUCAAAUCAAGGAUGCCAUACGUGAUGGUUUACGUGCUAUUAAUAAUGCGCUUUUGGAUAAGUGUGUUAUUCCCGGUGCUGGCGCUUUUGAAGUGCGUGCUUACAAUGAACUCAUGAAAUAUAAGGAUACUGUUAAGGGUAAAGUUCGUUUGGGUAUACAAGCAUUUGCUGAGGCUUUAUUGGUAGUACCAAAGAACCUGGCAAUCAACAGCGGUUAUGAUGCUCAGGAUACAAUUGUGAAAUUGACUGAAGAGGAUCGUCUUAAUCCCGAACCUAUUGGAUUGGAUUUGUCAACCGGCGAGCCAAUGAAACCGGUUGACAUGAGUGUCUACGAUAAUUAUCUAGUAAAGAAGCAAAUAUUGAACUCCUGCUCAGUGAUUGCCAGCAAUCUACUACUGGUGGAUGAAGUAAUGCGUGCUGGUAUGACAAGUCUGAAGGGUUAAUCGGCUUUGGCUACAGGCUGCCAAAUGAUGUACCAAUAGAAAAAUACCCGCAUUUGCUUCUCUUUAUACUUAAAUUACUUAUCUUUAAAUGUAUUAUUUGUCUGUAAAAAACAAUUGUAAGAAGCUAACGGUGUUACGCUGUUGCUUUUAUUCCAAAAUAUAAUAACUUUAUAUCAACUGACUAAUUGUUUUGAAAAAAUACGCCACAGCUACCAUUACUAACAGUAUACUUUUGUAUUAAACAAAUAAAUUGCAUACACUUUGAAA